CCUGGCUAGAUGUCAUUCCCAGCUCAAGAAAGCUUGCAAUUUCCCCUGGAUUGUUCCGCCUGGCAGCUUUAUUGAGGUUGGGUAUGCGUUUGCCAUUGCCUCUGUCAGCAACCUUAUGUGAUUGCGGCACAGCCUUAGAUCCUGAAGGAUAUCAUCUGAUUACUUGUAAGACAGGUGGGGGACCAGUUUGGUCUCAUAAUUCAAUAGUCUCUGCUUGGUCCGAGUGUUUGAAACGCGUGUCUCUUCCCCAUACCGUUGAGCCAAGAGACUGUUACAGCAGCUCUCAGUCCAGACCCGAUAUUGCUGUUUAUAAUGCAACCGACUUUAACGUUGAGCUCGACAUUUCCUUAGCCCACCCAUGGAGCACCGACAUAAUUUCAGUCGCAGCUACAACUGAUGGAUCUGCUGCUUCAAAAAGGGAGGGAAAGAAGAGAGAGAAGUACAGCAGAGAGACUCACACUAGUGGGGGUUCUCCAUGCCUAAUUCCACUGGUGUUUGAGCAUUAUGGCCGCUGGGGAAAUGCAGGAGAAAAGUUUCUCCAUCAAAUCUCUCUGCGAUCACGAGAUGAUGACGGCAAGGUGAACUCCAGUGAGUUCAAGACUUAUUGGAGACGAUUAAUGUCCAUUACUUUACAGCGGUGUAACAGUAUGGUUUUGGCGAAGAAGAUUGACAGAAUAGUGUGUAGAAAUGACUCCGUAGCUGGUUUUUACAGUUACCAGAGUGUACGUUAAGCUUUCAUUUCAUGACCCUUUGGGUCAUUUUUCUUGGACUCAUAG